UUCGUCUAACCUCGUUCAACUUCGCGAGUAGUGUGGAGGAGGCAUAAACACUUGUGUACAAACUGUAAACCGGUUACAGAACAUCUCUACCGCGUCGUUUAUGUCACUUGACAUGUGACAAAUGUAUACUGUCAAGUGUCAAGUCGACUACAGUCAUAAAAUCACAAUUGAAUCAAAUUUAACAAUGUUGAAUCGCAUUCUUACAUCUAUAAUUUAGAUAAUUAUAUCUGAAAAUAUUGAUUGAUAUGUAACAAAAGUAUAUUUACUUUAAGAUCGUUUAGUCAACCAGCAAAAUGAACAAUCAAGGCAGAAGUACUGCAAAGCGUAAGGUUAAGCCGGUGGAACCGCAAUCCUUACUAGACUUUGAUCUUGGAGAAGGAGAAAGUUCAGACGACUCGGACUUUCGAAUAGAAGAUCACCCAGAGGAAAGUGACGAUUAUUCUAUAAAUUCAGACGAUGAUAAGAAAGGAGGUGCCAACACUGCCAGUUCUGAAGAGGAAUCUGGAUCGGAUAUUGAAAAUGAAUUUAAGAAUCCUGCGCCAAAACUGGGUGAAGAGAUAUCUGUUACUGACCUUUUGGAGAAAGCAAAAAAACAAGAGUUCAAGUUUCCUGACUUAGCGAGCAUGCUAAUAUGUGCUGGUUGCUUGGGUUCGAGGAGCGACGACUUUAAUGAGAUUGUGGAAUGUGAUGGCUGUGGGGUUACAGUUCAUGAAGGUUGUUAUGGUGUUUCUGAUGUCACAAGUGAGUCCAGUACAGUCAGCUCAGCGUCAACUGAACCCUGGUUCUGUGAAGCUUGUAAAGCUGGCGUCACUGAUCCUAAUUGUGAACUGUGCCCUAAUAAAGGUGGCAUAUUCAAGGAAACAGAAGUGGGGGCAUGGGUUCAUCUUGUAUGUGCUCUCUACGUGCCUGGUGUGGCAUUUUCAGAGGUGGAACGUCUGUCAGGCGUGACUCUAUUUGAAAUGGCUUAUUCUCGAUGGGGCGCCAGAAGUUGUGCGCUAUGUGAAGACGCGACUAUGGCCCGUACAGGCGUUUGUGUGGGCUGUGACGCGGGACUGUGCAAGACUUUCUUUCAUGUCACUUGUGGCCAGCGCGAAGGUUUAUUAGCGGAGGCUCAUUCAGAAGAAGUUGAACAAGCAGAUCCCUUCUACGCUCACUGUAGACUGCACUCCGAUAAGGCUUUGGUAAAGAAAAGAAAACGGAAUUGGCUAGCUUUACAAUUGAGAACAGAGAAAAGAAAGCUAGAAUUAGUAAAUGAUCUUAGCAUCGAAGAGAAACUCCGAAUCGAGAGGAAACUUGAAAAGUACAGAAGAAAAUAUGCACAGCAAAAAGAGAACAGGAAUCCUCCAUGGGUACCUACACAAAAAAUGGCUCGUAUGUUGUAUAGUAGUGCAUCUGCUAUGAGAAAAUUUAUGAAGAAGGCAGAAUGUAUGGGAAUAGACACACAUGCAUUGGAAUUUCAGGAUGCUCAGAUGGCAGCACUAAAAGACGUAUCGCGUCGUUGGCACGUGCCUCCCGCAUUUUCAGUAGAAUUCGUAGGCUACUAUUUAGAGAGGAACACCAGAGUUACUUCUUUAAGGCGUUCAUUGGAAAGACUCACAAAGGAAAAUGAAAAAUUGCUGGCAGAAGAUGAGAAACUUAGGGCUGAAUAUGAUGACGCGUCAAAAUCAAAUUCAACAGCGCUGGAAACGCUGUCCACGCACCGUGAAGCGAUCCGCCGGCUCUACGCAAUGUUAGCAACUCUGCGCAGUGACGUGGCAGCAAGUGCACAAGUAGCGUCGCUGUUGGACGCGCCUCUAUUGCCCCCGGCGCCGGCACGCUCCACGCCCAAGGUCACGCCGCAGCAGCUGCAUAAACGCAGGUCAAUGUCUGUGCCAACUGCGGCUGCACUUAAGAUGGGCGUUGGUUUUCCUCUUAGCGACAAUCCGGACGCUCGCCAUGGAAAAGUUUUAUCGACGUCUCUAGAAGCGACGGGCCUGUGCGGCGCGGCGCGCGAGUGCGCGGUGUGCGCGCGCAGCAGCGAGCAGCACCUCAUGGCGGCGUGCGACACGUGCCAGCACCACUACCACCUGCACUGCCUGCGCCCGCCGCUGCAGCGCCCGCCCAAGAAGAGCAAGCUGUACGGCUGGCAAUGCUCAGAGUGCGAUAAAACGUCAGAUUCGGAACCAGAAGUAUUGGAAAAGAAAGUGCCUCGUCGCUCGCGUAUUCGCUACAGCAAAGAUGGCGCGAUCAUAUCCGAGCCGCACAGUCCCGGCUCCAAACCCAGUUCCCCAUCACCAAAACAGAAACAAGAAAGAACGCACAAAUCGGACAAAAUGAAAAACAACACAUCCGAAAACGUUUAUCCCAUAAAAGUCACUAUCAAACCGUUCGAGUUCAGUAGCGACGGCAACGAAAGUACUGAAGUUAAAAAUAAAAAGGAAAAGAAAAAGAAUUCAAAGAAAGAUCAUUCAUCAACGUCGGGCGCGGAAGGCGAGACUCCGAAGAAAAUACACAAGCGAAGUUUCACAUCACCAAUUUUAACUAACACACCACUUAUGUCUAUAACGCCUAUAGUUGCAGAUAGUCCGUAUGAUUCUCAAAACGAACAUUCAAAUGAAUCUACAAACUUACCCCCGCCUAAAAAAGAUAUGGCGUACACACAGAACCUAUCGUUUUCGGCAUUGCUCAAUGAUUCAAAGGAGAGAGAUUCCAAAGCGAUCGAGAGCUCAAUAGAGAACACAUUGGCUAAUUUGUCGUCAGAUAUCGCGAAUUACAAAGCGAAUAGAAAAAGGAGGAAGGAAAAGCACAGGUCGAGAUAUUCUCCCGAUCUCCUGCGAUCGCCGUCAAAGUCGCACAAACACAAGCGGAAGAAGAAGACGCAAGACAUGGAAAAUCCUGAACCGCCACAUCCGAGAAUUACUAUAAAGAUCAAGCCGAUUCCAAAGCCCGAUGGAUCGUUGGAUACACAAAUGUUCUACGUGCCCACAGACAGCAAUGAUGGCCCGCCGCCCGCUGUUGUUAAGAAGCAUUCUAAGCAAGCGGAACCGGAAAUUGCGAGUGUGCCCGUGACUCCCGCUGUUAUACCGCCUGAUCCUUUAGCUACUACUUCUCUGCCAAGUAAACCAGAGGAAACUGUCGAGGAAACAGUAAGCACAAAACCGAAGCGAUCCCGCGAGAGGGGGUCGCGGCGCAGCGGCGGGGCUGCCCCCGCGCCGGCCGCCAGCCUGCCGCCGCUCACGCACUGCGACGUGUGCACACAGCCCGGCGACCAGACCGACCUCGUCAGGUGUGACGAGUGCCAAAAACGUUAUCACUUCACGUGUCUGGAGCCGCCGCUGAACAAAAACCCAAAGAAACGGGGAUACUCGUGGCAUUGUGCGGACUGCGACCCUACUGAUAUGGAAGAUAACAAUUAAGAAGUCAAGAACGAAGUUAAUAUUAAGCUUAAUUUAAGUAGUCAGUAUAUAAUAUGAAAUCGGUCGGUAUUUUUAUCACAGCUAAGCUUCAAUAUAUUAGAGUUAAAGCCGUUGUCUACAAGUACAUUAUGUAUUUGAAUCUCGUAUUAUUAACAGUGAAUAUUUUACAUUGAGUGGAUGGUUGUUUACAAUGUCAUGCAUUUUAUCUUGAAAUAUAUAAUUAUGCAUAAAA